UCACGCAGCUGUCAAAGAUAGCUGUCAGCCAGGAUCAAACACAGUCAAUGAGAGGGGCUGGAGAGACGCACAGAUCUCAGGUAACCGCCAGCACAAAGUAGGUUUAUUAAAAGAAAACCGGAGGGGAAACACGCGCCUUUUCAUGAUUAAGGAUUCACGGUUAUUUGGAUACACGCUGUGGAUUUCUGGAGGAGAAACACCACACAAAGACCAUUUCCCUCUGCGCGUCACCGGGAAAAAGUGGGCAUUUUUGGACCGAGAUGAAGACGAAAAAAGGUUUGAUGAUGCUUUCGGGCAGCGAGACGGACGACGAGGACAGCGUGGACGCGCCUCUGGAUCUGUCGUCCAGCUCGGGGAGCAACGGGAAGAGGAAACGGCGGGGAAAUCUACCCAAAGAGUCUGUGCAGAUCCUCAGAGACUGGCUGUACGAGCACCGAUACAACGCCUACCCCUCGGAGCAGGAGAAAGCCCUGCUGUCCAAGCAGACUCAGCUCUCAACACUACAGGUGUGCAACUGGUUCAUUAACGCUCGGCGGCGACUCCUCCCAGAGAUGCUGCGGAAAGACGGCAAAGACCCCAACCAGUUCACCAUCUCACGGAAAGGCAGCAAAGGGGGGGACAGUUUCUCCGACAGCUCGCAGUCUCCGAAGCACGGCAGCCCAGCAGGGGGUCCGGAGGAGGAGAACUACGACCAGCGGGUGCUCAGCCCCUCCAUAUUCGACGUCCCAGGAGUCCUGAGGAAGAUGACGUCACCUUCCUCGUCUCCGACCUCCUCGUCUCCAUCUCCGUCUCCAUCUCUUUUCCCCAUUCGCCCGUCUGUCAUCUGUCACACCACUGUUACCGCGGCGAUGCAGCCCCUCCCCUCGGUGACGAUGAUGAACUCUGACCUGCUGCAGGUUCAGGCGAUGCUCCGGUGCCAGGAUGACGAAGGGAGCCAUAAACCCCCCCCCACUACCACCAUGCUCACGGGCAUGGAGGGGAACCUGAGCCCACGCAGCGGGCUCUUCAACACGCCCCCCCCGACCCCCCCGGACCUCACACAGGACUUCAGUGGCUUCCAGCUCCUUGUGGAUGUUGCCCUGAAACGGGCUGCAGAGAUGGAGCUGCAGGCCAAACAGCUGGUGUCUUAAAGCGCAGGAGAAGAGGAAAGAAAGUGACUUUGUGUCCAGACUUUGGGUCUCCUCGGUGACUUCGGGUCUCCUCGGUGACUUAGGGUCUCCUCGGUGACUUCGGGUCUCCUUGGUGACUUGUUCGGGUCUCCUUGGUGACUUCGGGUCUCCUUGGUGACUUGUUCGGGUCUCCUCGGUGACUUCGGGUCUCCUCGGUGACUUGGGGUCUCCUCGGUGACUUGGGGUCUCCUCAGUGACUUUGUCUGCAGAUCAAAUCCACACGAAAGCCUGAUCAUUUCUAUUUUUGGUAAACCAAUCAAAUUGACGAGUUUUUUAUUGGCUGUAUCGAGGUGCCUUGGCUGUUUAUUCAUUUCAAAUACAUGCGUAUGUUAUCUACUACAUGUGUAUCUUAUUUGCACACAGGGACCAAAAAUGUUAUCAGAGAAAUGCUGCCUGUCUUACGUCUUUCCAUUAUAUCGUUUUAGGGAGCGGAGAAGGAGUUAGUCGCGUCCGCACACGUUUACUGUUGUACAUUUCACAGAUGAGUUCAUGCUCGGUUUGCCUCAUUUGUUUGCACACUAAAGGCAAAGGAAGGUCAUCUCAGUGUCUUAAACAUACUUCAUCUAUGACAAACAGAUUCACUACUGUAGUAAAUGUUUUCAUGAGUACAAGUAUAGUUUUUAUUUUGUUAUUUAGCUGUUUUAAAAGAAACUUCUGUGCUUUUUUUGUUUGUUUUUUUUAUACUCUUUUCCCCAUCAAGGGAUAUUUCAGAUGACCAAUGUAGCAGGUUCUUAGUCUGAGCCUCCAUCCCAUCACUCAGCGGAGAAACGACGGCCAGUGGACUGUAACAUUAAAACACUACAGAUGUUUUUGUUUCGGCAUUUGCUGACAAAGACAGCAUUUUCUGAAAUCACCAAAAAAAAGCAUUUCCAUGUAUUAUAGGACCAUGUGUAUAGUUUAUGUGACAUGAUGCCCAAUGAUGUGAUUUCUUUUUUCAUACUGUGCAAUGCUUGUGGCAAAUAGGGGUCACAUGGGAUUCAAAUAAAGUUUUGUUUUUCUACA